UGGAGAGUUCCUGCAUGGCAGGGAGUUUGCGGCCCUUGCGGUCUCUUCCGACUCUUAUGAUUCUAUGAUCCUCUAAAGCCAAUAGAUUCUCCAUACUGUGCCUCGGAAAAAACGCUGAUCAAGAAAACAGAAGACGACCUGAAAUAGGAAGGAUAGCUAUGAAAGAACUGGACAAGAGGCUAAAGUGCAAAUACAUAUAUCUCUGGACGCUAAAGUGAGGAUCAUCGGUCCACUGUCUUUCCAUCGGAGAAGAGUGCGGAGGAAGUCCAGAGAGACGAACCAAUGGUCUUUGGACAGAGCAAGCCAGGAGCCAAGGUGGCUAAGCUGAGGCAUCUCUCCAGUCGAGCUGGAGAAGGAGGAGGCAGAGAGGGAGGCAGCCAGGGAGGCCGGGGCUUGGAUUCGCAGGGUCUGGGCUGCAGAGGGCAGGGGCUGGCCAGGGGUCCCGGGCCGAGGGCAGCGCCACCUGCAGCGCCGCCUGGGCCCACUUCCUGGGGAACCGGAGGCGUCCGCCGCGGAGUCGCCGAGGAAGCCUUGCCCCGAGUCCCAGACGCCCAGGAGGAGAGGGCCUUCUGCCGGGAAGAGGGUGAAGAAGCCCCCCCCCCCGCGGCUCCGCUUCCUCUCUGCUGGGAAGGAUGCGCCAUCAUCGCUGGGCGAGACUUCCCCCUUUGCCGCCGCGGGGAAGGAGGGCCUGGUCCGGCAGAAGAAGAACAAGAACAAGAAGGCGGCAGCCAAAGGGAGCCCCCCAGAAAGCCCCCUUUUUUCCUGCCCAGCCCCCGAAAUGCUGACCCCAGGGCUGCCCGCCCUCCUGCUCCUGGCUCAGCUCCUGCAAACGCAAGAGGGCCCCAGCCCGGCUGGAGCGGAUCUCGCCGAAGCCCCUCCGGCGUCUGACGGGAGCAAACCGGCCUCCGCAGCGUGCACGACCCCGGACUCAAAAGCAGAGAACUGCGGGAGCUGCGCGGCCGAGUUCCAGCUCUGGCAGCCCUGCCUGGUGCGCGGGAGGGCGCGGGAGUCGGCCACGCUGCCCUGCACCUUCGACCACCGCUGGGAGGCCACGGGGGACGUCGGCGUGGCGUGGCGCGUGGGCUCCUUCCACAGCCGGACCGUCCUCCUCGAAGAGGCCUCGGACGGGACCCGCAGCGUCCACGCCAACUUCUCCGGGAGGGUCUCGCUGGUGGGGCGCCUGCGGGGCCGCCGGGGCCAGGCCUCCGUCCGCAUCCGGGAGCUGCGCGAGGAGGACGCCGACCUCUACUUCUGCCGCGUCUCCCUUCGGACGGCGAACCACGGACUGAAGGAAUGGCAGGCGCUUCGCGGGACUUACCUCACCGUCGCCCCCGCCGCAGGUGACCUACUCCUGCGGAGGAGGACCGGUGCGGCGCAGCCGGCCCCCCGCGACCUCCUGGCUCCGCUGCUGGGGGCGGCCGGACUUCUGACGGCGGUGGCUCUGCUGGGGCUGGGGGUGUUCCUCGCCCGGAGACAAGAGAAAGCGGGAGACCCUCGGAGGCGAGGCCGCAGUUGCCCAGCACCAAGGAAGGGAGGGACAUGUGCGCGCGCCUUCGGUCCUCCAGCCGUCCGGGAAGAGGUUGGCUUGCGGGUGGGGGGGUAUCGCCAUCUCUCCUUCAGCAGUCUCCUUCCCUCGACUUUCCCAGGAUCCGGACGAAGAGCCCCUCCAGCUAGACGAACUGUGGGGGAGACCACAGAGAAGGAAAGGCCGGGCGAAGAGGCGGUGAGGGAGAAGAUGGGCGCCGAAGGUGCUAAGGCCCCACCCUCUGCUGCCCCCGCUGCGCCUCCCGAGGAGUCCAGCCUGCUCUACGCCACCUUGACUUUGCAGGAGGCAGAAGACGAGACGGCCCUGCCAGUCAACAUUCCCGGAAGACCCGGCUCGGAGACCACCUACUAUGCUGUCCUCCGGCACUGAGGGGGGGCACGGCUGGAGGGGGGUUUCCCGUCUGCUCUGCUUGCACGUUCCCUCCCAAGCAGGAUCAGGGCCCACAGCUGACACCCCCUCGCUGCCUUCAGGCUGGCCUACCUCGCAAGGGUGUUGGUAAAAGGUUGCCCUGGCUCAGGGCCAGAAGUGUUGGAGCGUCAGCAGAAGGCAAUGCCAGGGCUGAGGGGCCCUGGGUUGUUAGGAAGGGGUGGGCAGUUUGGUGAGUCCCUGGCAGAGCGAUGGAAGGACAAGCCCUCUGGGAGCCUGGGGUCAGCAGCUGGGGGUCUGGCAGCCCCUUCGGUCCAAAGCCCUGCAGCCAGACUGGGAGGGAGCGCAGGUGUCCCUCGUUGCAACAGCUCCACCGGCUGCCAGUCUAGUUCUGCUCAAGGGGCUGGUUCUGACCCAUCAAGCCCUAGGCAGCCUGGCUCCAGCUUCCCUGAAGGGCCCCUCCUCUCCGCCUUGGAAAGGAUGGCAUUCUGGAGGGGAAGUUGAUCCUUUUGCCUCUUUCACCCAUUGAGCCACAAAAGAAACUUCUGUACUCAUUUGCUUAUGCCUUUAUGCUUUUCAUAGUACACUCAUCCCUCCGUAUUUGUGGCUUUGAUAUUGCGGCGUUGAUUAUUGACGGAUUGAUUACUAUGUUCCUCUAGGAAUUCUAGGUCCUCCAGUGCAACUCUAUGGUCAACGUUAACUAAAAGUUGCACUGAGAGACCUAGAGAUUCCUAGAGAGGACACCUCCUAGGCCUUGUAGCUCUUCCAUCCUCAGUUCUAUGGUCAGUGUCUGUCGGACGUUGGCCACAGAGUUUGCCUGGAGGACCUAGAGAUUCCUAGAGAGGAC